AUGGAGUUCACCCUAAUACCAUUGCCAUAUGCCGAUCUACUACCAUCUUUGCUCAUCAACCGAAUGGUUAUGGUGAGCCCGGGAAAGGUAUAUCAACCCCCCUUUCCCCGAUGGUGCAAUCCCAAUGCCACUUGCACCUAUCAUGGUGGUGUCCCGGGGCACUCUAUCGAGCAGUGUGUAGCCCUCAAGCACAAGGUACAAAGCUUGAUUGAUGCUGGAUGGCUAACAUUUCAAGAAGAUAGGCCGAAUGUGAUGACUAAUCCACUUGCCAAUCAUGGGGAAUCGGCAGUGAACCCAGUGGAAGAAUGGAAGUCUCGAGGGCUGAAGCAGAUAGAGGAUGUAUCAGCUUUCCAAUGGUUCAUAUUGGAAGCAUUGCGUGAAGCCGGUAUAAUUAACCUUGAUGGAGGCAAAGGAGAUUCUUGCUUAAUGCAUCCAGGGGAAUCGCACGACGUGGAGACAUGUCUAAUAGUCGAGGAGCUGCUACAAGGAAUGAUGAGCAGGGGCCAAAUUGAAAUCUGCAAUGUGAAGAAAGGGGAAGGAGAUGUAUGUAUGCAAUCAGGUGACAAAAACACGAGUAAGCCCAAGCCUUUGGUGAUCCAUUUCACCAGUGACGUCACCACUCAGAGGCCCCAAGGCUUCCAGCCCUUUACAGUAAAGACGCAUGCACCCUUCCCUUAUAAGAGUGAUAAGGCAGUGUCAUGGAAAUAUGUUGUACAAAGGCCCGACAGAAGGAAUGGCGCGUCUGUCAUACGUGUUAAGAAUGACCCGCCGUCUGCUAAAAUUACAAAUAUUUCUGGUACGAGUGGCAUGACUCAUAGUGGAUGGAUUUUCGCUGCUCCUGAGCUACCAGUAAGGUCAAAAGACAAGAGGAAGGUGAAGGCAAAUAUAGGCGAGAGAGACAAGACAGGAUCGACCGCAAAUGACAAGGCCCCUAUUGGAAAAAUCAUAGAGGAAGGGGAUGACUUCAGCAAGAAAGAGAUAUUAGCUGAGGAGGCGACUGAAUUCCUAAGAAUCAUUCAACAGAGUGAGUGCAAGGUGAUUGAGCAAUUGAACAAAACUCCAGCUAGGAUCUCUUUAUUGGGGCUGCUCAUGAACUCUGAGCCUCAUCGGGCGUUGUUGGUCAAAAUUUUGAAUGAAGCCCAUGUAGUGCAAGACGUAUCAGUGGAGAGCUUUGGGGGCAUAGUUAACAACAUCACUGCCAACAAUUGCCUUCCUUUUGCCGACGAGGAGAUACCAGUCAAGGGCAGGGGACACAACAAAGCAUUGCACAUGUCCAUCAAAUGCUUGGACCACAUAGUGGCCAAAGUGCUCAUUGACAAUAGCUCUUCCCUCAAAGUUAUGCCCAAAACUACGUUGGAUAAGCUGCCAUUUGAUGCAUCACACAUAAGGCCGAGCUCUAUGGUGUUAAGGGCUUUCGAUCGUAGCCGGUGUGACAUAAGAGGAGAGAUUGAUCUACCGAUUCAAAUUGGGUCGCACACAUGCCAGAUAACUUUCCAGGUAAUGGAUAUAAACCCCGCCUACAGUUGCCUGCUAGGUCAGCCUUGGAUCCAUUCUGUUGGGGUGGUCCCGUCAAUGCUUCACCAGAAAUUGGAGUUUGUGGUGAAAGGACAGCUGGUUAUAGUGUCCGGGGAAGAAGAUAUACUAGUGAGUUGUCCAUGCUCUACACCCUAUGUGGAAGCUGCAAAAGAGUCAUUAGAAGCAUCUUUUCAAGCACUAGAAAUGUGA